AGGUAUACCGAGAAAGCCACCAUGAAGAAGACGAUCAAGGCACACCAGGAGAAGGACGCGAAGGCCAAGGACGCCGAUGAAGCGAAGCCGGGGGCGGUGCCGUCCUACCUCCUCGACCGCGAGAACGUGAGGCGCACCAAAGUCCUCUCCAACAUGAUCAAGCAGAAGCGCAAGGAGAAGGCCGGGAAGUGGCAGGUGCCGAUUCCCAAAGUGAAGGCGAUGACAGAGGACGAGAUGUUCAAGAUCCUGCGGACGGGCAAGCGCAAGAAAAAGGCCUGGAAGCGUAUCAUCAACAAGAUCUCUUUCGUGGGCGAUACUUUCACGCGCAAGCCGCCCAAGUUCGAGCGCUACAUCAGACCAUCCGGGCUGCGCAUGAAGAAGGCGCACGUGACCCAUCCAGAGCUGAAGAUGACAUUCUUUCUGGACAUAGUGAGCGUCAAGAAGAACCCGCAGUCGCAGCUGUACACUGGGCUGGGCGUCAUCACCAAAGGGACCAUCAUCGAGGUCAACGUGUCCGAGCUGGGCCUGGUGACGCAGACGGGCAAGGUUGUUUGGGCCAAGUAUGCCCAGGUCACGAAUAACCCCGAAAUGGACGGGUGCAUCAAUGCGUUGUUGCUCGUCUGAGAUUGGCUGGAUUGUCGAAGUAUUGUUGGCCUCCUUCGGGCUGUGGCAGCAGUGUAUCAUCCAUCACGGCCUAGCCUUUGUGCCUUUUUCCUGGCAGCCGCCGUCGCCGGCCUGUCUCUGCGGCAGCACUAUUUGUUCGCCUUUCUUCGCAGUUGGGAUCCGAGCGGCCCACACAUAUCCACAACGCUUGUACACAGGGUGUCGGCCCCACAGCACGGGAUCCAUCUUCAGGCUGCUAAGCAGCAAACUCCGCAGCCUUUCGGCAGUAGCAUAAUCGCGUCCACGCAGCACCCGCUGUCAGUCGUGCACGCGUCUCGGAAAAAA